AUGGCCCUCGGCAUCCGUUCCCUUGUAGACAGCGCUAGAAAGCUGGUGCUGUCCCAGCCCGCCAACCCAGACAACACCACCGCCAUCUCGGCAACCGAGCUCUUCCCGCCCACAAACCCCGAAAUCGACGGCGAAGACUGCAGCCACGACUGCGAAAGUUGCCAUAUCUCGUACCCCCGGGGUUUCAAAAUCGAAGAGUCGGACCUGCUCUACGGAAACAUUAAAGGAUGGAGCACGCACGUCCUCGUGGCAACGAGCAAGACGGACUGGGUCCGCGACGUCGAGCACGAAAAGGGUUCCGUUAUGCAAGCCUUCGGCAAAGCGGACAAGCCAGCCAACGGCCGCAUGAUGCUCAGCGCGAGCAACAUGCCCACGCCGAGCCACAGCCCCGAUUACGCACAGCCUACCACCAUACUACUACUGCCCGCCUUUGCCGUCCUCGAGAACGUCACGCCGGCGUCUGUUCCCACGGUCGUAGAGAAGUACAUCAAUCACGCGCCCACGAACACCUCGCCCUUGGCGCCCUUGACUCUCCCGAAAUCCAUAGCGCCGCCUCUGCCGGACGCGCGAGAGAUCACGGCCAGACCGUGCCCGCAUAGUGCGUUGAUACUGUUGUGUUCGCAGAAGACGCGGGAUGCGCGGUGUGGGCAGAGCGCGCCAUUGCUGCGGAAGGAACUGGAGCGGCAUUUGAGGCCUUUGGGCUUGUUUCGCGACCUGGAUGAUGAACGGCCGGGCGGCGUGGGGAUCUAUUUUAUAAGCCAUGUGGGUGGGCAUAAGUACUCGGCUAAUGCCAUGGUGUAUCGGCGGCCGGACGCUUUUGGGGUGGACGCGGUGGAGAGGGCCAAACUCGGGCCGGGGGAUGAGGUUAGGCCAAUGUUUGAUGCCGAGGACGGAGAAGAAGGCGAUGUGGGUGCAGGCCAGUGCCUCUGGCUCGCCAGACUGAAGCCGGAGGAUUGCGAAAACCUGGUCAAGUACACCGUGCUACAAGGCAAGGUAGUCAAGCCGGAGACGCAAUUACGAGGAGGGUUCGAUCGUGGAAAGGGGCUCUUGAGUUGGUAA